GCUCGACCACAGCGCAGCUCACUCGGCUGGGUGAGAUCAUUACCAGACUGCAGGCUCCAAGCUCUAACAUUCACCGAUCGGGAAAGCAGAGCGAGGGAUCGCAGAGAGCCUGAGCCUUGAUCCCAUGCAAGCGGCUGGAGGGAAAGCCACCUUCGACCAUACCGACUCCUCCGUACUGUCGCUUGGGCUUGAAAACUCGGUCUUGUUGCUGACAGCUGACAUUUGUCUUCUUUGAGCCGGUUCCUUGAAGCUCGAAGACGGAUGCGGGCUUGUUUUGACUGCGGUAAUAGCCUUCGCACCUCUCCUUCUCGCGUGCGUAGUGGAACGGAUUUGUGAGGGAUCGUAACUUGACGAAGCUUCACGAGUGGCCGGCGGUCCUGCAAGGGGCCCCGGGGACGCUUUUUGUCCGGCCGCCAGGCAAGCCGCACAGGGCCCCGGAGAGAGCUUCUUUCAGCUUGGAGUUGGACAUAAACGUCUCUAAUUGGAUUCCUCCUCCCAUGGUGGCUUCUUUUUUUCCUGUCAUCACAUUGGCUGCAUAACCCCAUUUCGCUUUUUUUCUCUUUUUCUUUUUGCAAAGCAACAUUGACGCCAUUUUCCUCGGGGUUUUGUGUCAAAAAGCAUCCAAGUAUAUUCCGGGAGCGUGUGACAGCUCCCCGGGAGGCUGUCAUCUCAUCCGUCGCUUGUGUAAAAAUGUGUCUAAAUGGAUUGUAAAUGAUCUUGAUAAAUAAUUUACACGUCAGAGCUGAGUGUGUGACAACAUUAGACAUGGAUUGUCCGUGGCUUCCCAGCGUGUCAGUGGGCCAACCGAGCCGACCCCAAUAGCUGAUUGACAACAACCCGGCCGCCGACAGACCUCCAUCCUCUUCAUACCAAUUGGCUGGCCGCCACAGCUUCCCCCAUCCUGACUGGCUCUGGCGGGAGAGUGGAUGGAGCCACGGGAUCCGGUUGGCUCGGCCCGACCCAAAGAGGCGGAGUUACAGGGAGGCGGGGCGGCGCGAAAUGAAGGAGCGGGAGGUAUCGGCUUGGCACGUAGCGAUGAUGUGAUUCACGGUGGCGUCAGUGAAGGGGAGGGGCUUGAAGAACACGGGGAGGGGCUUCUGGAAGAGCAGGAGUUUUCCAUCAAGGAAGCGAGUUUCCAGGAAGGAAGUCUAAAGCUGAAGAUCCAGACCACCAAACGUACUAAGAAGCCCCCGAAGAACCUCGAGAACUAUAUUUGCCCACCGGAGAUCAGGAUGACCAUCAGACCUCCGGCUGGAGAGGGCAAAGGGGGCCGGCAAGGACGAGCUGGAGGCGUGGCCAUAUCGGGGCGGGUUCAAAAGGAUGAAGACAGAGGACCGCCCAGAAAAAGAACAUAUGAGCGCCAGUCCAGAAUGCCCGAGCAGGGAGAAGGAGGCCUAUUGCAACUACUAGGAGACCCCUCUCCACCCAAACACCAGCCCCGCAACGUUCUUCUUCCCGCAUCCACUCUCUCCCCUGUCCAACCAUUGCAGCACGCCCCCACGCAACAGUUCCAGCACAUUCAGCAGCACCAGGUCAGCCCAGACUGGAUCACGUUUAGAGCACCUUCGGUUUCUUCGGCCAAUCCUGCAGAUUGCGAGGCAGCCGUAGAGUUAAUGGCAGCCGGUAGGAGUGCAAAUGCUCUAAUGGAUUCAAAUGCACCUUUCCUACGAACUGUUACUCAAAGCCACUCACCUCAGAGAUCUUUGACGCCAGACCUUCAGUUGCCAGUUGUUACAGAUGCCAGUAUUCUCAACCUUACCUCUCUCAGCAGGGGGAAAGGUUUGCAGGAAGCUAAUGAUCAGCUCUUUGGGAACAUCAAGAGGAAGUAUGGCAGGAAGGAGUCCCAGAAGAUGCUUUCUAAUCCUCACAGUGCUGACACGCUGUGGGGAAGACAGUCCGAAAAAGAAACAGGAAGCCCAUCUAAUUCAGAAGACAGGCAGCGCUACAGACAAGAAGAGACGACUGAGCAGUUUCAUGAAGAAAGAGGGCAUCGAAGAAAAGAUGAAAGAGAGCGAACAAUUACUGGUAGGAGAGCGGAUGACGAGGACAGGGGGAUGCCCAUGCUGACAGAGGAAGGAAAAGGAAGAAAGAGGCGGAGAAAGCCUUCUUUAGAUGAGUCCUUUUCUAUUGAAGAGCAAUCCUUACAACGACAGGACUCUAAUACCACUGAGAAGUACCCGCAUAAGCCUCCAGAACACAAAGUAGCUCAUAAGUUGGACAUUCACAAAAAUGAUUCCAGACUCCCAAGUCAGGGUGAGGUCGGUGGAGAGAAGACGGAGAAAAGCGAAAGACUGGACAGAGGUGAGAAAAGAGAAAGAGUAGACAGGCCAGAAAAGGAUCAUUCAACUCGGAGUGGGACUGAUCCAGAAUCAACUUUUAGUAUGAACAGAAUGAAAAAGAUCCCAGUGAGUCGUCCCAAGAGCAGUACUGAGUUUCAUAAACACAGAGAUCUUUCCCUAAACAUCAGCAAACCAAGCUUCUCCACAAGUCCCAGACUCCCCAGUCCAAACCCCAGCCCUAGCCCUAAGGGAAGUAUGAGUCCGAGCCUAAGCCCUAAACCCAGGGCGAACUUUAGCCCUAGCCCCAGACCGAGGGCCACCCUGAGUCCGAGUCCAAGCCACAGCACCAUCUCUACAGUCAGCUCCAGGUCAGGCAAGACUAAAGACAGAUGGUCAUACCUGAAAGCAAGAAGUCAUAAUUGCAUCACCUCACCACAGAGAGACAGCUGCAGUAGUCCAUCGAUGGUAUUUGACCCACCCUCGGCCUUCCCGAUAACCCCCUCUAGUCCACUCUACACAAAUACUGACAGCCUGACCGUCCACAUGCCCCUCAAAAGAAAACGAGGACGCCCCAAGAAACAGCCCCUUCUAACUGUGGAAACCAUCCAUGAGGGGACAUCCACUUCACCCCUAAGUCCCCUAGCACAAGAAACCCCUGGCGGACUAAACCGCAGGAGGAAGACCAAUCCACCAAACACAGCAAUUAAUACAACAUUAGUCCAAAUGGUGUCAACAAUUACCAGUUCCAAGUCCAGUGGUCCGAAAGUAAAACGUGGCAGAAACAACUCAAACCCAAUAAAUAAAGUAAAGCUUGGCAAGAUGCAAAGCAUCCUGAAUGAAAUCCUCUCAAGCUCCAGUAGGAACAACACUCUGAAGUCUCCUUCCGCGCCUGUUACCUCUGCUAUGAAUGUCAUGGCGUCGACCAUCGAAGCUCGGCUGGGCAAACAGAUAAACGUGAGCAAGAGAGGCACCAUCUACAUCGGGAAAAAGAGAGGCCGUAAACCCCGAGCUGAAACGCAAGGCUCGAUCCCUCCCAAAAGUGUUAAGGACAAGCCCUCCAUGACCGCAUCCUCGUCCAGUCUGUACGAGAGCUCGAUUCUAACCGCCACCACUUCCUCUCCCAGCUCCAGUGCCCCAUCGAUGAGAACCAACCACUCUGAUGCCACGAUGCCUAGUCUGCAGCCCAUCUCAGCCCUGCCCCCCAAACCUUUAGCCAGAGGAUUUCUCUCUGGGGGAUGGAAACUGUCACCCCCACGUCUUCUAGCGAAUUCACCCUCGCAGCUUUCAGAAGGUGCAUCAGUGAAGGAGGUCACCUUGUCUCCCAUCAGCGAGUCCCACAGUGAGGAGACUAUUCCCAGUGACAGCGGGAUCGGGACUGACAACAACAGCACUUCGGAUCAAACCGAGAAAGGCCCCGCCUCUCGGCGCAGGUAUUCUUUUGAUCUAUGCGGGUUUGAGGCCGCAGAGGCUGCUGCUCUUGAAGCGACUGCCAGAGGAAACAGAGCUCGAAGUGAACGACAAGCUGCUGCGGACAACUUCCUUUCUCAGCAGGAGAAGAAGCAAAAACAUAAUCGGCGUAAGAGGAAGUGCCUUCAGAGCCGGGAUCAGCUUCACUUUCUCUCUGAACUCGAGGAGGUCGUGUCAAAGCUCCAGCAGCUACGAGUGUCUCACCGAAGAUAUACCUGCUACCCUCAGAAUCCCUACCCCUCUAUUUUCCGCCUCAACUUUCACCAUUACUACCCGAUCACCUAUGACACGUACCCCUGCGACUCCAGUCCGUAUAUUUGCAGGAGUGCUGAUCUGAAGGCCAAGAGGAGGCGGGGUCGUCCAGCCAAAGCCAGUGAGCCAAUCGCCUCGAAAAUACCUUUUGUUCAAGGAUACGGCUAUCCACUGGAAGGGGGGAAUUACUAUUCAGCACCGUAUGCUAUGCCUUACACACCCCAUCUCAGCUUAGGCUAUUUCCCCCCCGCACCUCCGUACUACCUGCCUCACCACUCCCUUGGUCAUAUUCCAAUAUCACCCUUCAUGAGACCCGCGGUCCCCCCACCCAAGGCUUUUCACUCCAGUGGACACGCAACACUUCAACCAGGGGUCAAGCAUCGCAGCAUCUCUGGUCAACUUCAGGGCCCCUCCGCAAGAGGGGAGGCAUUGGGAUCCAUCGGCAGUAGUAGCGCAGGGGGUCAUGGGGGUGGUGUUCGCCUCCAUAAGAGGAAGCACAAGCACAAACAUAAGCACAAAGAGGAACCCUUACUUUCUCCACGGGACCGGCAAGAGUUGGGCGGGCUCUUCAGUGGAGCCAAGGCCAGUUCACAUCGCAACCUGCUUGGUGACUCAUCCAGUCAGGGCCCUUCCAAGCAUCAGGAGAAGAGGCCCAACGGUCGAGGCUCAAGCCUGGGCUCCACUCUAGGGAUGUUCGAGUCGGAAAAGGCGUCCUCGCACUCUCUUUCCGAUGGCCACUUCCACUUGCGUCCGACGGGACAGCCAAUGAACAGCUUCAUGAGCGGCUACAGUAGCCAAUCACAGCAACAAGAAUCAUCGUCCUUCCUCUUCUUGGGGUCAGCGGAGAAUGAGUGUGGUUCAAGGAGUAGGAAGAUGAGGUCGACUGUGUUUGGAGAUCAAGGCCUGAUGUCACUGCAAACUGCCAGGCAGGAGCCAGUACAAAUGAACGAGCGCUCCAGUCCCUCGCUCUCUGGUGCUCCCGGUAAGCGACGGUACAAGCGCAGAGAGGUGGAACAGAUCCAGAAGGAAGUGAGAAGGAUGCAUUCUUUGAACCUCGAUCAUGUGCAGAAGAUCCUCCGUGCCAAGCGCCUGCAGCGACAAGCCAAAACCGGAAACAACAUUAUCAAAAGACGACCCGGACGGCCCCGAAAGCAACCGCUGGAUGAUGAAUCCGCUCCGAUCGUGAGGAGGGAGGAGGACCGGGCCGGCGGUCGCGGGUUGGACGUGUUGGUCGGUAAAAGAGCUGACGGAAGGACUCAGGGGAUGCCCGUUCUGGAGCGCUGUGAUGAACCCGCUGGUAGACACAGCCUCAGGCCCACUUUGACGCCGGAGCCUCUGGAGUUCCCCAAUCACGAUUCCAUUUUGGCUACCAUUGAGAAAGUGGUUCACAGAGCCCGGGCUCUGCCUCCGCCGGCUAAAGGGGGCAAACGCAAGGGCAGGGGCAACAGCAGGGACAACCUAUGGGUUCCCUCCAAUCAAUAGACUCGCUGGAGAAAGCAACUCUGUAAAUGAACAUCCUUAUCAGACCCAGUGCCCUUAAUCCGGUGACUCCGUGGUGCACUUUGAUUUCGGGGGAAUGACGCAGGUCAGAACACUUGCGGUGCCAGCUCUCAGUUUGAACGUGAGCCUUUUAAGGCUUCCUUGGACCUGCAUUUAAUAGGGCACUAUCUGGAUUCAUUUAAUCCUGAAGAAUUGUGUGGUACUAAUGAAAUUGUAGGACAUCGUGUGACUCU